AUGGCUGCAGCUACAGAUAGGAAUAAUACUCGCGGUACCAUUCUGAUCACUGGUGCAUCGGCAGGCGUUGGUAUGGAAGCCGCCAAGGCUCUUAUGCAGGACGGUUGGCAUGUUGUUGCCGCCGUUCGUAACGUUGAGAAAGGUCGUCGUGUACUUGGGGAACAAGCUGAUGUCAUGGAGUGUGACCUCGCCAACUUCGACUCGGUGGCGAAGUUCGCCAAUGACUUUAAGAAACGUUAUGACCGCUUGGACAGGUUGGUGCUGAAUGCUGGUGUUUACAUUCGUACCAAAACACCAACUAUCAAUGGCUUGGAUGAGACUUGGCAAAGUAACUUCUUAUCACAUUUCCUAUUGACACUACUGCUACUACCAGUCAUUCGAUUGCCAGAGAACUCCGCAGUUAUCAUGUUGUCAUCGGUCUCACAUAGGUUGGUCGAUCCUUACACUCUCGGUGAGCAUAUGGGCAAACCUGAGGGCUACACUAAGGAGCAAGUUUACUAUGGUAGCAAAUACUCCAUGACCGUCUUCGCAUUCGAGCUCGCUCGUUUGACUGGUCUGAGGACUGUUGCUGCCAACCCCGGUGGUGUCGACAGCGACAUCUGGCGUGAGAGGUCAUUCUUCUUGAGGUGCCUCUCGGCCACCGCCUUCCUGACAGCCCGUGAAGGAGCACAGACCACCAUCGUUGCUUGCAAUGACCCCUUAGCUGACAAGUACCUCUCGCCGUAUCCCGUGGUUCAGUGCUGUGGUUCUUUUAUUGCUAUUAUGACCGAUCUUGUUGUCCCAAGGUGUAUGCUGUACUUCUACAAGAAGUUCAAGUGGGCUCUCGGACCAGACGCUAAACAUAUGAGAACCAAAGUUGGAUAUAGAGCUCGUGAUCCCAAGGCGUGGGGCUAUGUAUGGGAGCAAGCUACCAACAUUCUUUCCUCGAAGGUCGAGCCCACAGUCUGGGAAGAAGCGAUGAAGAACUUGAAUGAGGCAAAGAUCGUCCAGAACCCCUCUUGA